AUAGUUUGGUUGUAACAGUUCAAAUACUGUGUGUCCGAAUAUUACAUAUUAACAUAUUUGCUUAGAAAAAAUCAGAAGAAAUAUCAACAAGUAUGCAUACUUAUCCUUGCAAGUCAAGUUAUGACCAUGUAACUAAAGUUUGGAGUGGUCCACCAAUGCAGUUGCCUUACGGACCAGAAUACUCGAUUGGUUUAGCAGCACUUGAAGCAUUACAAAAAUAUCCAGAACAAAUUGGACAGAUUUCUUACCAUAAUGGUAAAUCUUAUACAAACAAGGAACUUGAACUCUUAACAAUUCGUGUGGCUCAACAUUUUCAAAAAUUACAAGUCCAGCAAUGUGAUGUGAUUGGCAUCUGUGCAUCCAAUAGUGAUUUUGUAGGUCCUCUAUUUUUUGGUGCUAUGCUAUGUGGUCUAACAGUUAAUACAUUGGAUCCCAGUUUUGAUAAGGAUGGUAUUAAACAUAUAUUUUCGAUUACUAAACCGAAAAUGAUGUUUUGUGAUGGUGAAAUAUUUCAAAAAGUAAAAGCAGCUUUCGAUGAAUCUGGACUAAAGGCUACUAUUUACACGUUAACUGAUCACAUUGAAGGAGUAUCAGAAAUAACUGAAUUUUUGCAAAAUACAGGCACUGAACACACUUACAAACCUGAACCUCUCUUAUAUGGCCUAACGCAGACAGCAGCGAUCUUAUGUUCAUCUGGAACUACCGGUCUACCGAAAGGUGUUUGCAUGUCACACGAGAGCAUUUUGAAUGGGUUAUUUAUUAAAUUAGAUCAAAAUGAUCGAAUUUUAUCCUUCAGCACACUUUACUGGGUCUCUGGAUUGCUGUUUCUUAUCGUUGGCACUUUACGAAACGCAACUCGUGUAAUUUCCAACAAACCCUUUAAUGUUGAACAUUUCUUCGACAUUGUACAAAAAUAUAAAAUUAAUUUUCUAUUUACACCACCAUCGCAACUAGCUAUGGCUGUAGCUUCUGAAAAUAUUAAAAACUACGAUCUAUCCAGUUUGGAGACCUAUUUAUGUGGUGGUAGUGCAUUACCCUACAGUUUAGUAGAUAAAAUAAAAUUGCAUAUUCCAAAUGCUGUGUUGCUUUCAGGUUAUGGUAUGAGUGAAGUAUGCGGUUGCAUAGCAUUGGGAAAGGUAUCAUCGAAUGGUACAACUGGACAAGUUGCCGUCAACUGCAAACUAAAGAUUAUCGAUGAUGCAGGUAUGUCUUUACCUCCUGGUGAAGUUGGAGAAAUAUGUAUAAGAACACAGUUCACAUGGAAAGGAUACUAUAAUAAUCAAGAUGCGACCGAUGCUAUUUAUACAAAAGAUGGUUGGAUAUAUAGCGGAGAUAUGGGUUAUAUGUCGGAAAAUGGAAAUCUCUUUAUUGUGGAUCGCAAGAAGGAUAUUUUGAAAUACAACAAUUUUCAUUUCUUUCCAACAGAAAUUGAAAGUAUAAUUGCGGAAAUAGAAGAUGUUUGUGAAGUAUGUGUUUGCGGUAUACCAGACAUUGUAUCUUCGCAUUUGCCCGCAGCUGCUAUUGUGAAGAAACCUAAUAGUCAUUUGACAGAACAGGAAGUGUACGAUUAUGUUGCGAAAAAAAUGGUACAUUUUAAACAUUUACGUGGUGGAGUUUAUUUUAUGGAUGAAUUGUCAAAAACAGCAUCUGGUAAAAAUGUUCGUCGGAAAAUUACAGAAAUUUGUGAAGAACUGCAUAAUGCUGCAGUACAUCAAAGUAAUAAUAAAGAUUUUUGUGAAUUUGAGAAAAGCAUUAAAGCUUAAUAUUAAUAAACUUAAAUUUAUCAAAUAAAAAUAAUUACUGAUAUAAACUUUUAUGUAUUUA